CCUGCCCUCUGACCCCGAGCCGCUGUGGCGAGCGGAGCGCGAGGCGGCCCAGCUCACGUUCCCGCCCAAGCUCGAUGGCUCUCCCAAGAAGGAAGCUUCAAGGCCUCGUGGCUGCGACUAUCACUCCAAUGACUGAGAAUGGAGAAAUCAAUAUCUCCGUGAUUGGUCAAUAUGUGGAUUAUCUGGUAAAGGAACAGGGUGUGAAGAACAUUUUUGUGAACGGCACCACGGGAGAAGGUCUGUCUCUGAGCGUUCAGGAGCGGCGGCAGCUUGCGGAGGAGUGGGUGACUCGGGGGAAAAAUAAGUUGGACCAGAUCAUCAUUCACGUAGGAGCGUUAUGCCUGAAAGAGUCCCAAGAGCUGGCUCAGCAUGCAGCAGCAAUCGGAGCUGAUGGCAUUGCUGUAAUAGCUCCUUUCUUUCUCAAACCUUCUAACAAAGAUGCCCUGAUUGCUUUCUUGAAGGAAGUGGCUGCAGCUGCCCCUACUGUGCCAUUUUACUACUACCACAUUCCUCCUCUGACAGGGAUUAAAAUCUGUGCUGAGGAACUGCUGAACGGGAUUCAGGCCCAGAUCCCCACCUUCCAGGGCCUCAAGUUCAGUGACACUAAUCUCUUGGACUUCGGACAGUGCGUGGAACAAAACGGCCCCCGACAAUUUGAUCUCCUCUUUGGGGUGGAUGAGCAACUGCUGAGUGCUCUGAUAAUGGGGGCAACUGGGGCAGUGGGCAGCACCUACAACUACCUGGGCAAGAGGACAAACCAGAUGUUAGCAGCUUUUGAGCGUCAGGAUCUUCCUCUAGCCCUGAAGUAUCAGUUUAAUAUCCAGAGAUUUAUCAACUUUGUUGUCAAACUAGGUUUUGGGAUCGCACAGACCAAAGCGAUCAUGACUCUGGUUUCCGGCAUCCCAAUGGGACCCCCACGCCUCCCCCUGCAGAGCGCCUCCCAGGAGUUUACUGACAAGGCCGAAGAGAAGCUCAAGAGCCUGGAGAGCUCUUUCCUCCCCUGACCAGUCCCGGCAGGGACAUGGAAGCCUGAAGCCAGAGCUCCUGACUCACUCCAGGGGGCUGGGCCAGGACUCAAACCACCCUGUCGCAUUUCUCAGGAACUUUUUGAACUUUUCAACCCUGUCCUAGCAACAUGAGUCCUGCCAGCGGUCACUUUUUUCCUGGGUGAGGGAUAGCGCGAUUCUCCUAUGCCACUUGUUUGCCCUUCAUCCCAAGACUCCUUGGGGAAUUCCCCUCUCUAGCAGGAAAAACUCUGACUGCCUUGAAGGGUGGGAUAGGGCCAAGUGAAGAAGUGAUUUCUUCCAUCUGCCUCAGGAGCAGUCGACAUAUCCAAAUGAGAGGAAUUCCCCCUGAUUGAUCUUCCUUUCUUUAAUCCUGUUCCCUGUUUCUGGAGUCUUCCAGGCAGAAAUGGCUCACAGCUAAAUAGUGCCUUAGGUUAUACUUCCUUUUGCUUAGUUCUGGGUAGCUGCUGUAGGAUGACUGCCGUGGUGGGCGUGAAGUUGGGGGCUGAGUUUUAAUUAAGCUCUUUCAGGGGGAGAGAUCGUGUCUCCUAACUCCACCAUGCUGUCCCAAGUGUUAAGUUCUAGGUGCAGAGCACAUAGUAGGUGCCUAAAUUGAGCGGUAGAGUUUGCAGGGGAAGAGAAAUCCCCAGCAGUCUAUUGUUGGAGAAGCUCAGGGGUGUCAGCAGGGCUGGAGGAUGGGCACAGAGGCAGAGACCAAAGGGUCAGACACAUACACUCCUUCCCCAACUCAAGCCUGCAUCUCCCCUGGGCUGUUCCCUCCUGCCCCAGGCUCAAUCUUGGCAGUCACCUAGGUCUCCUGCCCUAAAUCCAGCCUUCUGGCCAUUUACUAGGAGCAGCUGUUUACUUUCUCUACAUUGAAGUCACCUCUAGCUAAAUUUCCAAACUCCCACCUUUCUUAGGUCUUUUCUUUGGAAUAAGAUGUUGGCUCCCUCUCAGCCAACUUUUUCACAGCUGUUUUUUUGACUUACAUUUCUCCGAACCUUCACUCCACCCCUCAGCCUUCUGAAAACACUUCAGUAUGUGUUUUCUAGAAAGCCAACGACCAGUUAAUCCUCAGUUAUGUAGCUCUGAUAAUACAUUUGGGUCUCCUCUUUUUUUCUCCUCCUCUUUUUCCUCCCUCCUCAUCUUUAUCACCCUUUGUUGCUCAUUAGCACCUCCACCAGAGGGUAGUUAAUAAAACAAGAUGAGAUUAAACUAG